AUGAAUAAUUACUUAAGAAAAAAAGAUUUUAUUUUUUCUUUAUUUUUUAUAAUAAAAGAGAAGAGGACAUUUUAUUCAUCAAAAUGGAUAAGAAGAUUACAAUUAUUAAAUGAAAAAUAUAAUUACAAAAUAGAAAACGAAGAGGAAAUAGAAUAUGAAGAAAAAAAGGAAGAUGAUCAAAUAGAAAAAGUAUAUCCAUUAUGGAAUAGCAGAAGAACAGGUCUUUUAGGAUAUAAAGUUGGAUGUAUGAGCAUUUGGGAUGUGUGGGGAGUAAAACAUGCAGUAACUGUUGUUAAAAUAAAUAAUUGUUUUGUAUUGAAUCAAAAAAAUAUAAGUAGAAAUGGUUAUGAAGCAUUAGAAAUAGGUAUAGGUAAUAUGAAUGUAAUAAAACAAAGUAAAAAUAAUAUUGGUAAUUAUAUUAAAAGAAAAUUAGGUUUUAUUCAUAAAAUAAAAGAAUUUAAAUGUACUAGUGAUUGUUUUCUACCAGUUCAACAUAGAUUUUCUGCUAGACAUUUUUCUCCUGGACAAAAUCUUUUUAUUAGUUCCAGUAUAAAAAAUAAAGGAUUCUGUGGAGCUAUGAAGAGAUGGAAUUUUAGUGGCAAAAAUAAAUCACACGGUACUGAGAGCAAAGCUCACAGAAGUUUAGGUAGUGUUUCAAUGGGUAAAACUAUUAACAUUGUUUUUCGAAAUAAGAAAAUGAAUACUCAUAUAGGAGAUAAAAAUUUAGUUAAAUGCAGUAAUAACAAAUUGUUUAGAAUUAAUAGUUUAAAAAACUUACUAUUUAUUAAAGGCCCCAUUGGAGGAUAUAAAAAUAAAGUUAUAAAAAUAUCAGAUGCUAAGGGAAGAUCAUUCAACAAAUUUAAAAAUAAAAUUUUUUUAUAUUAUCCAACUUUUAUUUAUAAGAAAAAUAAAAAAUAUAAGAAUGUCAUUGAUAUGCCACACAGUAUAGAAGAUCCGUUUCUAUAUAAUGAAAUACCAUUAUAUGAACCUACUAAUAAAUAA